UGCCGCCGCCGAUUGGUCGCGACGGGCGAGAUCCCACCUCCGCGCCUCACGGAUUGGGCGAGACCGCCGCGGCCCCGCCCUGUGCCCCUUUUCCCGCUCCGGCCCAGAGACUCCCCGGCUCUCCUCCGAUUGGCUCUCUCGCUGGCGGUCCCGCCUUGCACCUCCCUCUCAUUGGCUAGCGCAGCGGCGCGGCCGUUCCCAUUGGCGGGCGCGGCCGUCGCUCAGCGCUGCCCGGCGGCGGGCCCGGCGGAGGUCGGCGAGCGCGGCGCGGCGGGCGGCAGCAGCAGGGCGCGGCAGCGCCGCGGCGGCGAGUCCCGGCGGCGGCGAGGAGGGGUAGCCCGCCCGCCGGCGCCCAAGGACCCGUGGGCGCUGCGCUAUGGGCAAGAGGAGCAAGCGGCCAGCCGACAGCUCGUCCUCGGGAGACGAGGAAGAGUAUGUGGUGGAGAAGGUGCUGGACCGACGCGUGGUGAAGGGCCAGGCCGAGUACCUGCUCAAGUGGAAAGGCUUCUCCGAGGAACACAAUACUUGGGAGCCGGAGAAGAACCUGGAUUGCCCGGAGUUGAUUUCGGAGUUUAUGAGGAAGUAUAAGAAGAUGAAGGAGGGUGAUGGGAAUAAACCGCGAGAGAAGGUGGAGAGCGCCAAGAGGAAAGGAGGGCUGCCCGCCGGCGGGGAGGAUGUCAAGGUCAAGAAGAAGAGGGAGAGCAACGACAUCGCCCGGGGUUUCGAGCGGGGGCUGGAGCCUGAGAAGAUCAUCGGUGCCACCGACUCCUGCGGGGACCUGAUGUUCCUGAUGAAGUGGAAGGACACGGACGAGGCUGACCUGGUGCUGGCGAAGGAAGCGAACCUCAAGUGUCCCCAGAUUGUCAUCGCUUUCUACGAGGAGCGGCUGACCUGGCACGCGUACCCCGAGGACACGGACAGCAAAGAGCGCGAGACCCCCCGGAGCUAAGGCGCCCCCCCCCCCACCUGUACAUAGCCCCCCCUCCCCCAUCAUCUCGUGUCCCCCCCUGCCCUCCAUGUCCCCAGGGAUCCCCUUGCCCCUCCUCGCAGCCCCCCAGGGGACAGGGGAGGGGACAGUCCCCCCCAGUCACGGGGGUUGGGCAGGUUUGGGGGGGGCUUGGCCCCAUUUUUUUGCUGUUUUUCUAAGGUCGGUGUUUUUAGCCGGGGCCACCCCAGGCCCCUCCCCCCUGGUUGUCCUCCCUCUCCGUAUUUGUUUCCAAUAAACGGUCACUUUUCA